AUGGACCGCACGCGCACGGGGCGGCUGAAGUACGUGCUCGGGAGGAUCUUUCCGGAGAUCGUCUUGCACGCGCUGUGCGUGGAGGGGCUGCGGUGGGACGACAUGUCGGCGCUGACGAGCGUCAGCGAGUACGGCGACGAGUUCCGCGGGUCCGCGGCGGAGUUCCCGCGCGGCCGCACGGCCCGGCCGUGCAUCGUGCCGUGCGCGGACUGCUUGUACUUCGAGCAGGGCGGCCGCGUGUGCUUCCACCCGCCGCGCAAGGGGGAGGUGUGGCGGCGCUCGUACUUGUUCCGCCGGGAACGCGACCUCGUGGACGUGGCGGACCGGCGGGUGUACCCCGGGGCGCCGCAGAAGAGCGGGUUCGUGCAGAUCCGGGCGGCGCUGCGGGAGGGCGCCAUUGACUGCGAGCGCGCGCUGGCGGCGAGCGAGCGCGCGCUGGACGUGCUGCAUGCGGUGGUCGGGGAGCGCAUGUUCGAGGAGUGGGCGAACUCGGCGCAGGGCAGGAGCAUGCGCGAGCUCGCGGAGGAGCUGCAGGGCGGCGGAUGA